GUUUGGGAGCGGGUCACGUGGUGCGGGGCAGGUUUCCGUGUUUUGCCCCAGUCCGCUGCUCCACCGUCCCGGCGCGGCUUGAGAGGAGGAUGCUCCGCAGCCAUGGCUUUUCUCAAGACGCACGAACGGACCAAAGAAAGGUUUUCCCUGCUGCUGCUGGACCUGGAGGAGUACUACUUCGAGCAGCACACGGCGUAUCACCUGACCGGCGCCUCAGACAAGGACAGAAAAGUGCGAGGUUCCUUCAAGGUCUGUUCCAGAUCCGUCAUAUUUGAUCCAGAAGAUCUUUCAGAGCCGAUCUUAAAGAUUCCUCUGAGAGACUGCAAGAAGAUCGAGUUUGUGGAGAAGGAGAGCAACCCGUUCCACGAACCCAGACCUUCGCUUCUGUCCAUCGUCUGCGGCCAGGUCAUCUCCAUCAAGGAGAGCAGCGUCAUCGCGCCGUACAGGAACGACAGGGGGACCAGAAAGCUGACCUUCCAGCUGGAGGUUUGGAGUAAAACGGAAGAUGUCGUCCAGACGCUGCUGCAGCUCCACCGGGCGUCCUGUCUGGAGAGACUGGGGGACCAGACGGCCAUGAUCGCUGCCAAUCUGCAGUCCCGACUCGCUCGCACGUCGUUCGACAAAAACUGUUUCCAGAGCGUGGCGGAGAAGCCUCACAUGGAGUGCGCCGUGGAGAUGGUCAUGCCUCUGGUGUCCAACCCGGGCCACGUGUGCAUCACCGACGAAAACCUCUACUUCCAGCCUCUGAACGGCUACCCGGAAAACGUGAUUCUGAUCCGACUGCACAGAAUCAGGAGGAUCUAUAAACGGCGCCACAGCCUCAGACCUCUGGGUCUGGAGGUUUUCUGCACGGAGAACGAUUUCUGCUCGGACAUCUAUCUGAAGUUUUACAGCACGGCGGACAGAGACGAGAUCUACUACUACAUCGCCUCCUUCCUGGAGAACCACGUGACGGAGCACACGGCGGAGAGCUACAUGCUGCAGUGGCAGCGCGGCCACCUGAGUAACUACCAGUACCUGCUGCACCUCAACAACCUGGCCGACCGCAGCUGCAACGACCUGUCGCAGUACCCCGUCUUCCCCUGGGUGCUGGAGGACUACAGCAGCCCGCAGCUCGACAUGACGAACUCGGUGACCUUCAGGGACCUCAGCAAACCGGUGGGAGCUCUGAACCAGGAGCGGCUGGACCGACUGCUGGCGCGGUACAGAGGCAUGCCCGAGCCCCGCUUCCUGUACGGCAGCCACUACUCCUCGCCGGGAUACGUCCUGUUCUACCUGGUCAGAAUCGCUCCAGAGCACAUGCUGUGUCUCCAGAACGGCCGCUACGACCACGCAGACCGCAUGUUCACCAGUAUAGGUGAAACUUGGAAAAACUGCUUAGAAGGAGCGACUGAUUUCAAAGAGCUGAUCCCAGAGUUCUACGGGGAGGACUCCAGCUUCCUGGAGAACAGGCUGAAUCUCGAUCUGGGCAGGAAGCAGAACGGGAAGCUGGUCGGCGACGUGAUUCUGCCCCCGUGGGCCGCAGACGCCAGUGAUUUCCUACAAAAGCACAAGAAGGCGCUGGAGAGCCAGUUCGUGUCGGAGCACCUCCACCAGUGGAUCGACCUGGUGUUCGGCUUCAAGCAGAGGGGCAGCGAGGCUGUAGCGGCUCACAACGUGUUUCACCCGCUCACCUAUGAAGGAAGCAUCGACUGCGACAGCAUCGAGGACACGGACCAGAGGAUCGCCAUGCUCACGCAGAUCCUGGAGUUCGGCCAGACGCCCACCCAGCUGUUCACCAGCCCCCACCCGCAGAGGAUCACGCCGCGCUUCCACAACAUCACCCGCAGCCCCAGCGCCGCCUCUCCGGUCAGCGAGCUGUCUCCAGGCUCCCAGAGUGAAGACCUGUCCUUCGAAGACCUGACCGAGGAGAGCCGGACGUUGUCCUGGGCCGACAUGGGGAGUCUGACGAUGGUGUCCAGCCACAGAGUCCACAAGGAAGCCGUGACGGGCGUCGCCGUGACUCGAGACGGAGACGCUGUCUUCUCCACGUCGCAAGACUCGACACUUAAAAUGUUCUCCAAAGACCUGGCGGCCUUCCAGAGGAGCAUGUCGUUCUCCAACAUGGCGCUGUCGUCCUGCCUGAUGCUGGCCGACGGGAAAACGGUGGUGUGCUCCUCGUGGGACAACAACGUCUACUUCUACUCCGUGCCGUUCGGCCGCCGUCAGGACACGCUGAUGGGUCACGACGACGCCGUCAGCGAGCUGUGCUGGUUCGACGAGCGGCUCUACACGGCGUCCUGGGACUCCACCGUCAAGGUGUGGCUCUGCCCCUCCAGCCAGCUGUCCUCUCACAAGAGGUGCCAGUUCGAGCUGCUGGCCGAGCUGGAGCACGACGCCGGGGUGAACACGGUGGCUCUGAACCCGGCGGGGACCCUGCUGGCGUCCGGCUGUAAGGACGGCACCGUGUCCAUCUGGGACACCGGCAGCUACGCCGCGCUGCAGCAGGUCCACUGCCACUCCGGGAACAUCCACCGCGCCGCCUUCAGUCCCGACAGCCGACACGUCCUCAGCGUGGGAGCAGACUGCUGCAUGAAGGUUACCGACGUCCAGACGGGGAUGGUGACCUCCUCCCUGAGAGCCGAGGAGGAGCAGAGGUGUUUCUGCUGGGACGGGAGCUCGGUGCUGUGUGGCGGCCGGUCUGGAGACCUCCUGCUGUGGGACCUGCUCAGCAGCACCGUCACCAAGAGGAUCCCCGCUCACUCAGGAGCCGUCACCGCCAUGUGGAUGAGCGACCUGUGCACCACGGUGAUCACAGGCGGCGAGGACCGACAGAUCAUCUUCUGGAAGCUGCAGAGCUAAAGAGGCGGCGGCGCGCCGGAAAGACUCUGGGUGUGACGGACUGCGGCGCGCAGGCCGAGACGGGAGCAGAGGAUCGUCUGAGAGCCGGAGGCGGUACAGCAGGGCGUUCGCCUUAUUUUCACUCCUGCUUUCAGCCCGCUGAUCUUCCUGCAGGUCAUGUGUCGAAGUCUCUGCUCAGCUGUCAGACUGAUGGAAUCCUGCUUCUUUUUUUCUUUUUUCUUUUUUCUUUUAAACCAGCAACUGUUUUUUUCAAGCCAAAUGUGCUUUUUAUUGUUUGAAGUGGGCUUAACUGUGUCUAUCGACGCUUCGUGCUGCUCAGGUGUUACAGACUUGUGUUUUUUUGUCCUUAUCUAUCUCAUGACUUGCUGCUCUGUGUGAGUAAUGUUUACCGACGGCCGCGCUGGAGGAGCUCGGUGUGCUCUGAGUCAUUAGAAACACAUGCACAACAUUUAAUCCAGACACUGAGCGGACCGUUAGAAGUGUGAAUGUGACCGCGUGUUUCUCUGAAGGACCUGCAGUCUGUCAACUCCUUUUAGCUUGGACAACGUGGAUUAAGUGACGGCACGAAAACCCGUACAUGCAAAUAACUAAAUGCAAAAUUUCAUUAAACUUCUUUUUAUAAAGCA